AAAUUGUCGACGUUUUGCAAACUGAAUUUUUCGUUUAAUUUGUAAGUUCUCGGAUGUUUUCAUUCAUUUCUUGAUCUGAUCAAAUGUACGCGAGUUAACAACUUGUUCAGAAAAUCUCCGUGUUCUGAAUACAUUAACCUAUUUGAAUUAUUCAUGUAGUCUUUCUGUAAAUUUACAAUUCUAAAAUGACAGCGCGUAGAAAACAAUAAAAACAGUAUUCAGGCCGCCACCUGUCAUAUGUCGUUGUUGAAUGUCGCCCACUUUAUGAGAGCGAACAAAAUCUUUCAAGGAAACAUUCGAACUUGCCGAGUGCUGCGUGCGAAAGAUAUAACUUGAGAGUUGUUCUGACAUAACUAAAUUUUCGCUGUAUUUAUUCGAUAACUCUCCAAGACUUAAAAGGACAUCAAUUGCUCGUUUUUCCAAUUGCUUUAUUGCCAUCUGGGAGGGCGAAUGGAGCCCUUCAAUCGUGGAUUGAAUCACAUCAGUGAACAACCGAGCAACAACUCGAGUGUUCAGACACCCAAGCCAUCGCUUGCGGGAGAAAGCGGCGAUAAGGGUCGAAGGAUUAUCAUCAACGUUAGUGGACUACGCUUUGAAACCUUCGAACAAACGCUUUGUCAGUUCCCGGAAACCCUGCUCGGUUCUUCGGCAAAAAGGGAUUUCUACUAUGACAUUGAAAACAAUGAAUAUUUUUUCGACAGAAAUCGCUCAUCGUUCGAGGCCAUUUUAUUUUUUUAUCAGUCGAAUGGCAAGCUAGUGCGACCUAGUGGUGUUCCCUUCUACGUUUUUUCGGAAGAAGUGAAAUUUUUUGAGCUUGGCAAGGAAUAUCUUCAGCGAUUGGAGAUAGACGAGGGCUACAUUAGCGAGAAGAAACCUGUAUUGCCGACUAACCAAACACAGAGGAGGAUAUGGGAAUUAUUCGAGUACCCCGAUAGCUCUAUGCCCGCGCGUUUUCUAGCUAUGUGGUCAGUUUCGGUUAUUAUUCUGUCCAUCGUCGUAUUUUGCCUCGAGACUCUGCCGAGCAUAAGAUGCAAGAAUGACUCAAGUGGACCUGGUUGCGAAAAGUACAGUGAUAGCGAUCAAGCUCAGGAAGUUUGGUACCGCGUAAUCGAGGUGCUAUGUAUCGCUUGGUUUACUCUAGAAUAUGUAGUGCGGUUGCUAUCGUCGCCGCAAAAGUUGGUCUUUAUUCGCACAUUUUUAAAUAUUAUUGACCUAGUGGCGAUAUUGCCGUACUAUAUUACACUUCCAAUGAAUGAAGCCCGGGUCACGUCGUUAGCUGUACUUCGAGUCAUUCGACUUGUGCGAGUUUUCCGCAUCUUCAAGCUCUCGCGUCACUCCAAAGGCUUACAAGUCCUCGGUUAUACUCUUCGCUCAAGCUCGAGGGAACUAGCCAUGCUUAUAUUUUUCCUGUUGAUCGGAGUAGUGCUGUUUGCAAGCGCUGUUUUCUACGCCGAACAAGACAGCAAAAACAGCCAAUUCAAAAGCAUCCCUGAUGCAUUCUGGUGGGCAGUGGUUACUAUGACAACGGUCGGAUACGGGGACAUGACACCGCUGACGUUUGGAGGUAAAAUUGUGGGUUCAAUCUGCGCCAUUUCAGGUGUGCUAACUAUAGCUCUUCCAGUGCCAGUUAUUGUCUCAAAUUUCAACUACUUUUACAAGCGAGAGGAAAUUAACCAAGCUCUGGAAAUGGCUGAAAAUGGCGAGUGCAGCAGAGAGCAAAAUGACGACGACGUCUUCAACGGACCCGUCACUAGUCCCUCCGGGCAAAUGACUGUCAGUUCACCCAACUCGUUUGGACUGGAAGAGGUUCGAGUUAAAACUGAGACGCCUGUUUGAUCACGUAGUUGUGAUGAUGUAAUCAUUUCCAAGAGUGUCCGUGAUGGCCAACUGUUUGCUCCAAGUUUCAUCAAGGCGGUACAUUAUAAAAAUGCACUAUUCAGAGAGAGCUUUUAGAGACGAGAUUUGAAUAUUACCAAGAAGCUUAAGAGGCUAAAUAACUACGUCGGAACCAACAUGGUGAAAUAAAUGAUCACUAAAGAACAUUACAACUGAACCACUGGUAGAUCACAUAUAUUUUACAAGGUCGUUACCAUGCUCUGCAGUGUGUUACAGCAAGAAAAGAUUAUCAUCUCUUGGUUACAUUAAGGGGACAUUAUAUAAGAACUCCCGCCAUGCUUUAUUGGCAUAAUGAGAAUUUCAACACGUGCACGAUGCUGAGCUAUGUGCGUAAAAAGUGCUAAUUUCUUCGGGAUUUUCAAGUUCAGCGAAGGACAAACUUUUAAUCACAGCGGAUGUCUGGCAAAUAGUUUCAAUGUAUGUCACUUCAAUGCGUUUAUUGGAACUUUAAAGAACAUACAGUCAUGGAAUUUGAUAUUGACUUGAAAUUCCAAUAUAGAGAAAUGGUGAUUUUAAAGAAUGAAAUCUGGAGAAUUAACAUUAGUCUUCACUAUAACAAAAUAAUCCUGUCCAGGAAACAUUUUCUCACUGGCGGUGUUACGGACAUUUUUGAAGCUCAAUUUUCGGGAGCAGCUACAGGAUCAGCAACACAAUGUACAGUUUUGCAACAAUUUUAACUCGCUAUGUGGAUUGACAUAAUAGCUAUUAAUACCUAAUUCUUGGAAACAAGAGAAGAUGAGUUAUGCUUCAGCCCUCACCCCUCCUCCCUGGGUCCUUCAUCUUUCCUAGGUGGAAUGUAAUGGACCGCUGGAUCAUAACGGAGUGAUACUGAUGGUGAACUGAUUCAUAUUUUCUUUAAAUGAAUAAAGUAAUACAUACUAAUUAAUUCAAUUUUAAAGAAUAAACUCUUAUUGUCGUUAAUGAUUACACAUAAUCUGAUGAUUACCCCGAACCAGAGUAAACAAAACAUUUCUUAUUGAUCACAAGCAAACGACAAAAGGUUAGAUCAAAGUCCUUUGGUACUAGCAUAGAUUUCGGGUACAUAGAGAUAUGUUUGGUUUCAUCACUGUCGAGGAGAAAUUUCGCUCCGUGCGCUUUUACCUUUUGAACGAAAGAUGAAUUGGAGCUCAAACUGAUAAGUGUACGUUUGCUAAAUCAUUUAGAAUGCUAUUUUCGAACUUUGCUGAGCGACUAAACAUACUUAAAGAAAGUGAAUAGCGAUUAUUUUGAAUUUUAAUCAAUAAUCAAGUUUCGUUGGCAUCCCUUAUUUUAUUUUAGGUGACCGGGGAUGGGGUUAGUUCGGGGCAGAGGGUGCUAACAACAACAACAACAACAACAACA